AUGAACUACUUUCCAAACUAUCCCGUCUACCAGUACAGCUCCUACAACAAUGGACAAUAUCCAUCGAACACCGCCCUGCAGUACCAGGCCAACGCUGAAGCUUGGAGACGCCAUGCCAUGAUCCAGCACGGCGCAAGGACCACCGAGACGAAACCCAGGCUAGCCAAGGAUGAAGUUGACAAGCUGGAGCGCGAGUUCCAGAGGAACCACAAGCCCAACAGCAGCUUGAAGAAGCAGCUUGCUGAGGAGAUGCGGGUGGAUAUUGCGAGAAUCAACGUACUGACCCCCCCCCCCUAA